AGUUAAUCUUCUGUUUAGGGUAAUAGAAAAUAGUAGGUAGGUAACCCUGUUCUACUGCAUGUUAUUUACUGUAAAAAUGGAAGGCAUGUGCAGUUACUUGACUACAAUAAUUUGUGCAACUUUUAUGAUCUCAACAGUUUAUAUUAGUUGCAGAAAACACUACAAAAAUUCUGUUUUUAUUACUAGUAGCCCCAUUAUUUAUUUAUUUGAUCAAUCCUCUAACUGUACAGUUUCUUAUUAAUUUUUUAGACAAGAAAUAUUUCUGUUAGGAGUUUAACUGCUAUCUAUUCUCUUCUGAUUCUCUCAGAAAACCAUCACUAUAUCGUUUGCUCAUAUCUGACUUGAUCAUGGCAAUGUAUGAAACAAGUGUUUUUUUUUUCCGAUGGUUCGCAGGGCUGCAGAGGUGUGGCCGGAGCUGCCGUUCCCGGUGGCUGAACUACCUUCGGCCGGGGCUGAAGCACGGCGACUUCUCGCCGGCGGAGGAGAGGAUCAUCUGCAAGAUGUACAGCAAGAAGGGAAGCAGCUGGUCGGCCAUCGCCGCGCAGCUGCCGGGGAGGACGGACCUCGCCGUCAAGAACUACUGGAACAGCACGCUCAAGAAGAGGUUCCCGGCGGCGGCGGCGGCGAGGAGCACCGCCGCCGCGCGCCGCAGGCACCGCCCCGCCGCCAGCGCCACCACAUCGUCCGACGACGACGACGACGUCGACGUCGACGACGCGACCCCGCCCGGCCUCGCGCUGGUCGUCUACAGCGAGGGGAGCACCGCCGCCGCGGCGGCGGCCGGCGAGCUCGCUCCGUACUCCAUCUCAUCCCCGGCCGCCACUGCCGACGCGGCGGAAGAAGAAGAGCCGAUCGCGGCCGUUCCGAUCAGCACCUGCAUCCUGGCACUGCCGCCGCCACCACCACCGCCACCGCCGCCGCCGAGCGAUGCCACCGGCGGCGAGGUGAGCAUCCCCUGCUUCCCCUUCUCGCCGCUGCCAUUCAUCGAGCCGGACUUGCCGGAGCUGACCUGGACGACCGACCUCGACGACAUUACCGCCACCUUCGAUGCCGCCGCCUGCCGCUACCCGAAGCGGCCGCAUCCAAUCACACCGGAUUCGCCUCGCCUUCCGAAGCUUCCCGCCAUUGCCGGCUUCGACGACGUGCAGAGCUUCUUGUCUUGGUUCGAUGACUGAUAGUGUAGCAAGAAAUGGCUCAGUUCUUGGUCGGAAUUAACAGUAGCUGGUUUAGGAGGAGAUGCAUGGUUAUCAUUUGUGUAAUCUGUUCGAAAUUUUUUUAAAAAGUUUUUAAGGUUGUUUGUGUGGCUACUGGCUACGUGAUUAUCUAAGAACUAUCGGUUGAUCUAAUCAUUAUCUGUGAACUUGCUGGUUGCGAAGGUGAACCAAAUGAUUUAGUUUUUUAGCAUAAAUUUGUCGCAAAUUUGUUUUAUAAUUUAACCAAAAGCUUUUUUGAAAAAUUGAAAAUAAAAUCAUCUGUAGCAUAUGCCUACGGUAUAAUACGUCGCCGUUUCUGCUUGCUCGUGCCACCGCAGCGCCUCCCGCCGCCGCCGCCGACCGAUGCCUCGCCGGUCGCCGCUGCCUCUACUCUACUCCUCCUCCUCCUCCCCUUUCACCGCUUCAUUGGCGGUGCUCGCGGCGUGACCCCGAGCUCGGAGCUGACGUCUCAGCGCUGCUGCUCCGCGGACGGCUCGGCGCGCGCCAACUGUUCGACGAAUUGCCCCACCGAGUCCGGUGGCGCCGCGGCUACCUUCGCGCCGCCUUCGCUGCCUCCGUCUCCAACCUCAACGCGCGAGACGGCCACAGGGGAGUGAAAGCAGAGGCUAUGAAAUCAUCGGCGCAAUGAAGUAAUCACUCCUGUCAAUGGUGAUUGAUUCAGCAAUGCUGCUAUCUUGCGAGAAGUCAAUCCGUUUCUCGAUGAAAUAUUGCUUUGGUCUGAAAGUGAAAGCAGAGGUGCAGUGAAGUAACCACUCCUGUCAAUGGUGAUUCAGCGAUUCUUGCAAAAUAGUCAGUUUAAAUGUUACUUUGCUCUGAAAAUUUAGACAAACAUUCUUCCUGUUACAGAUUGAAAACAGGUUAUCUUCAUGUUUCAAUCCAGCUGACACAUUUUUUACUUGCACAACUUCCUGGUUCAUAGAAGUGUAUCUGGCAACGUUCAAAACUUCAAAUUAUCGAAGUACUGGAGUACCUUCCGUUAAUUUCUGGGCACUGUACUUUAGCCAUAUUUGUAAUUUUUCACACAAAAGCAUCCGGGAAAUUAAAGAUUUUCUUCUGGUUAACUUCCUAAAAGUUUGUUAAAUCGUGCACUUGCAUACCUGCACUUAUUUUCAUUGAAGAAACAUUACUGCAACUGUUAUGUACAUAUAGCUGUAUAUCUGUUUUCAAAUUAUACCAAACUUUCAACUCAGCAAGUACUUUGCAUAUUCAACACAAUUUCUUUAGACCCUUCACUCCAAGAAAAACAUAAGCAAGAGAU